AAACUACACAUUUUCACGUCCGUUGAUAUCAAAGGUUCAGGGUUGUUGAUAGCUGUACAAAAGGUUCGAAGCUGCAAUAGCAGCUGUUUUUCAGCUUUGCUAAACUGCCAUCCCUCAACCGUACAGAAUCCUCCACCGGUUUUGACAGCUGUCGAAAAAUUAUACUUUCCUCGGUGCGGUCUGUGUUUUGCUGUAGUUGUUUUUAAGUUAUGUCAGGGGAACUUGACUUCGAUUAUACUAAAGUGAAAAUCAAGCAGGAAAAGCCCAGUCCCCCUCGGGUCCCCCAAAAAGAUGAAAUCAUCGACGAAAUCAUUCCAAAGCUUUUCAAUCCGAAUCCGGAAAGGACAUCAGGAGACGAUGAAAAGGAGGAAAAGAAACCCGUCGAGCCCGUGAAAUCAUCCAAUGAGAUUCUGGCAGAGCUGUUCCGAGUGUUCAAUGCUACGCCUCCAGAGAGCCUGCUCAAUGACAAUUUCCUCCUUGAUAAAAAAGAAAAGAAGCGGAAGGAAAAGAAGCACAAGAAAAAGUCGAAAAAGCGUAGCCGGGACACUAGUGACGAAUAUGACUCCUCCGACAACGAGAAGAGAAAGAAAAAGAAACGUAAGAAACAUAAAAAACACAAGAAGGAAAACGAAAAAGCAGACGUGAUCCCGAAAAUUAAGGAAGAAAAUACCUCCGACGACAAGAAGAAGGACAAAUUAAGGAAAUCACCUACGCCGCCGGAUAACAUAAAGGUCUCAGAUAUUUCAGAUUUUACUAUAUCCAGCGAAGAUGAAGGCGACAUCAGAAUGCCUGUUGCACCCAUUGCAAUUAAGAAGGAAAGGAAAUGUAGCCCGAAGCCAGCGCCUGGUAAAAUAAUCAUCAAAAAUUUGAAGUCGAGCAAAGUACUGGAGGAGGCAGAGAAGCGACUUGCGAAGGAGAAGCCGAAUGCCGAGAGCGGAGAAUGCUCAGAAAUAUCACUUUCUGAUGAGGAAACGUACCUCCGUGAGCAGAAGGAACGCAGUCGCUCCAGUCAGGGCUAUUACGAUCGCAGAGAGAGAGGUUACCCCAGAAAUAGACCCAGCGGGAACCCAUUUAGGGAUAGGUCCAGGGAUCGGUUUAAACGACGAUGGAGAAACAGUCGCAGUCGAAGUCGCAGCAGAUCCCGCUACAGACGAAGAUCCCGCUCCCGAUCGCGAUCUCACCGCCCUGAGGAUUUAGUUAUAGACAAGAAGAGACUUUUAGAGAUAGCCCGGAAGAAUGCAAUUUCAAUGUUUAAAAACGGAUCCCUCCCUGGAACGCAAUCCAUGCCGCAAGAAGUUAAAAACAAGGUUCUGAUGAAGAUGCGCUAUGGAGGUAAAAGUGUUGAGGAACUGACAGAAUUCUGUAAGAAGCUUUCGAACGGUGAAAAUCUUAACGACUUGUCAAGUCUUUCAUCGAACGAAGACUCAGACUAUGAUAAACUUGGCAACGAUAAGGCGUUCCACCAUCCAUUCAUAUUGAAGGAUCGUGGGCCAAUAGUAAUGAAUAUAAAGAAUGCCACACCGAUUCCACCAAAAACAGCAGAUCAAGCCAAGGCCAUCCUCAUGCAGUAUCCCGUCUCGUCGGGUCAGCAACACAAACUUAAUGAGAGCGAAUGGGUGCCGGUGCCAACUUCGAAGCCAGUUCGGACUGAACCACCGGCAACCGUGUCCAUACCCAAACCUGUCCUCCCUAAAAAUGUAUUUGAAAAACCCUUGCCGGCAGACACACAACAGCCAGCAUUCGUCCCAACAAAUCAACCCGCAGAACCUUCGCAAGAAAUUCAACCACUUCUAACAACAGUCGCGACGCCAGUUGCCCCGGUUACCAGUACUGUUACCAAAACAAAUCAACCAAUCACUCCGACAGUCGCGAGAGUACCAGAAGUGCCAAUACCCCAACCUGCCCCAAGUAUUUUCCCACAAGUUGAAUCUCAUGUCGAUGUAACUUCAAUCAUUGCCAAGCGGUUGAAUGCAAUGCGAAAACUACAAGAAAAUCCGACGGAUCCUGAAGCAUUGAAGAUGAUGUACAACUCGCAGAGGGAUAUGUCGACUUGGGCCAUCUCAAAAACAACUCCAGGUCAAUUUACAGGUAGUACCGGUGCAAAUAUCUUAACUGCACGAGAAUUAACGGCUGGACAACAAGCCUGGGUGAAGAGAGAUCAAUUAAUAUCAACCGCGCCAGUGUCCGGCGGAAUGGGAAUGCAUUUACUUCAGAAAAUGGGUUGGAGGCCUGGAGAAGGUUUAGGAAAAUCAAAAAAUGGAUCCCUUCAACCUUUGCUCUUGGAAGUUAAGAUGGACAGAAAGGGCCUAGUCACAAGUGAAGAAGAUCCUGCUGCAGUUGCAUUGCGAAAUAAGAAGAAACGGCCUCCAGCCGUACCCGCGCAGGUACAGUUAGAUAUAAAAAAUAAACAUCCUGUGUCUUUACUUGGUGAGUUAUCUGGUAAACGUAAAUGGGGUCCACCGAGCUAUGAACUGGUCGAUGAAGAUGGGCCUGCGCAUAAAAAGAGCUUUAUAUUUAAGGUAAUUGUGAAUGGUAUGAUGUACCAACCAGCUAUAGCAUGCAAAUCGAAGAAAGAAGCGAAGGCGCUGUCUGCGAAGUAUUGUCUUCAACAACUUGGAAUUUUACCAACCUGAAAACAAUUCGUUCGAUUCAAUUUAACUUUACAUUCGAAUCGGGGGGAAGUGCUCUCAUAUAAUUCGAUAGUUUGUUCUAAUUAUUGUGUAAGACUAUAAGGAAUUGUUUAUAUUUCUCGAUGAUCAAACUGAAGGCAAUAUUAUGUGCGCAUUAGUCAAGUGUAAAUGUACGAAGUUUUGUCGACCGAGUUAAUUCACUCCACAACUGAACUAGUAAAUACGUUAAAAGUAUUGACACAAUAAUGGUGAUUGAUUGGGCAACUUCAAUGUAUGCUUCCAUUGUGAUGUGUGAUCACAAUUACAUUUUAUCUUAUGAAUAAAAUAGUACGCUUAAUAAUAAUAA